AAACCUGCAGCAUGGUCUACCGCCGCGACACAGGGAUCUUAGCAGUGAUUGGUGUCUUUGUGGCGUGUCAAGUAGCAACAACAGCUACUGUUAAAUCUACUGCUGGCAGAAAUGAUAAAUUUCUAUAUUUUGCAUAUGGCAGUAACCUCUUGGCUAAGAGAAUACAUAUGAAUAACCCAACGGCUGUUAGGACUGCUAAGGCCAAACUUGCGGAUUAUCGACUUGAUUUCGGAAACUGGUCUCGUCGCUGGAAAGGUGCUGUUGCCACAGUUGUUCCUGAUCAAGGAAAACAUGUAUGGGGAGCUGUUUGGCGGAUAGAUAAAUCCGAUAUGGACAACUUGGAUAGACAAGAAGGUGUUCCAUCAGCCAUGUACUUUCCGUUUGAGGUUAAAGUUGAGAAAUCAGAUGGAAAGAAACUGCUGUGCCGCUGUUAUCAACUGUGUGACAAUCCAUCAGAGCUAGAACCAGGGCAGCCUAUUCCAGAAGACCGACUUCCCUCUGAACUAUACAUGAGUGUGAUAAUACAAGGAGCACGAGACACAGGUCUCCCACAUGAAUAUGUAGAGCAGCUGGAAAAAAUCCCCCACAAUAGUUACAAAGGUGAUAACAGUACAAUAUUGUCUUUUUUGGUAUCAAGUUCAUAAGUUUGGUGAUCACGCCCGUGCGUUCACACUCACACUCACUUGUGAAAUUGACGAGAAAACCACUCUACAUGUAAUGUAAUGCCUAGGGUAAGAUACUGAAAUGGUUAAAAUAGUUUUCGAUUAUUAUAAGGUUUCGUCAGAAAAAAAUAUUUAAGCUGAUCCUGUAUUUAAAUGCUUUGUACAUGUGUUAUUCUUUGUCUUGUUGGAAAGAGAAUUACACAACAUGUGGGUGAAAGCAAACAUUUUUGCCAUGGAGGAACUUGUUCUAUUACGUACGCAGAAGUAUACGUCUCUGUAAAAAAAAAUAAGUAUCACAUAAGCUGAACAUCUCAUGAUUAAUGCCAUGAACAAUUGGCACACAAA